AUGACCGAUUUCGAAGACGUACCCGACUCGACAGAUUGGCUCUCGACACCCCUCCCAGCCCUCUCAGCAGUCGAAGCCUCCUUGCGCUGCCAAGUCUGCAAGGACUUUUUCAAGACGCCCAUGCUCACAUCCUGCUGCCACACAUUUUGCUCGCUAUGUAUCCGCCGCGCCCUCUCCAAUGACGGAAAGUGCCCCCUCUGCCGGGCUUCAGACCAGGAGUUGAAGUUGAGGAGUAAUUGGUCCAUGGAGGAGGUUGUUGAGUCGUUCGUCAAGGCAAGGAAGGAUACCCUGCAGUUUGCGAAGACAACGGGUCAGCAAUCGACGAUUCGCGACUUGCCUAAGAGGAAGGUGGCCGAGGAGGAAUCUGCGUCAGGCGAACAUCAGCCCGAAACCAAACGACUGAGGAGUUCUGCGAGGCUCAGCAGAACAAGAUCAGGGCAGACAGCGGCUGCAGCGAUAGAUGAAGAAGCCGAACUCGAGCAACCGCUCUGUCUGGACGAGGACGACGAGGCGGAGGACGAAACGUUUGCUCCCGACGAUGGCCUCGUCCCAUGCCCUAUAUGUAAUACCCGCAUGAAGGAAGCGCAAGUCUUUCGUCAUCUCGACACCUGCACCGGCGCGAAAACCCAGACAACAGCCCGCAGCAGCUCCAGCUGUACACCCACCCCGAACACACCCGCUCGCGGCGGCCACCGAUCGACCCCGGCGCCCGAUCGACUCCCUGCCCUCGCAUAUUCCAUGCUCAAGGAUGCCGCCCUUCGGAAGAAGAUGUCUGACCUGGGCCUCUCAACGACCGGAACACGCCUUCAGCUGGAGAAACGGCACAAGGAAUGGGUCACGCUGUGGAAUGCCAACUGUGACUCUGCGCGUCCUAAGCGUCGCGCCGAGCUGCUCCACGAUCUCGACAUAUGGGAGCGCACACAAGGGUCCAAGGCAUCAAUGUUUGUACGUUCCGGGGUGGCGGUCAAGGACAAGGAGUUUGAUGGUACGGCAUGGGCGGCAAAGCACGACACUUCGUUCAAGGAUCUAAUUGCCAAUGCGCGCAAGUCGAGAGCGCAAGCCAAAUCAACAACAGAGGAGGCGACGAAACCCGUCUCUGUAGACGACUCGCGUAUUCAAGCACCACAUUCUGUGACGGAUCCUUCGGGUAGAGAUGUCGUGAUGGUUGACUUGACGGAACGACCGGGGGAUACCGCACAAGCUCCGAAGACUGACGAAGAUGACCUAAGAGACGAGAUGGAAAGAAACCAAAGGUAUGGUGUGGAAGAUAGUGAACCUCCCAUAAAGUCUCAGCCGCCAACGGCAGCGUGUUACUUGCACGGUGGCUUAUCAGAACCGCAAAUACCAAGCAGUUGA